GCCACUGCCAAACAUUGUUUUUUCCAUUGUUUAUAUAAAUUAAUAAACAAUGGUUUUUUCCAUCUUUAACCUCAAACUUUGUUUAUUUUGAAUUUUAAUUGUUAUACUAUUAUUAUACUUAUUAUUGAAAUUGUUGCUAUGUGGUUAUGCAGUAGCGGUUAGAGAUAAAAUUGCUUUCCGCUAUUUUUUAUAUAAUAUUGAUCAGUGCAAAUGCAAGUACAUUGCUGUCGGACAGCGGUAAGGCAGAUUUUACAGACACUCUCUAAAUCAUCAGUGAUCAAUAUGCCACCUAAAUACCUAACUCAACAAGAGGCGAUAAAUGUGGACGUGGAUUUGUUUAAUGAGUAUAAAUACAGUGUCGAUCAGUUAAUGGAAUUGGCCGGCUUGAGUUGUGCAACAGCGAUAGCCCAAUGUUAUAAGCCUGAAAAAAUUAAUUGCAAAUCAGUAUUGGUUUGUUGUGGCCCUGGAAAUAAUGGAGGUGAUGGUUUAGUAUGUGCAAGACAUUUAAAACUAUUCAAUUACAAUGUCUCGGUUUAUUAUCCCAAACGUACCGAUAAAGACCUUUACAAUAAUCUAACGCACCAAUGUGAAGCAAUGGAUAUUCCUUUGUUGUCAGAAUUGCCCAUUUCCAAUGAAAUAAAUAAAUAUGGUUUAAUUGUAGAUGCUCUGUUUGGAUUUAGUUUCAAACCACCUGUACGUGCUGCAUUUGUGCCUAUUAUUGAAUUAAUGAAAACUACUACGGUACCCGUAGCUAGUAUUGAUAUUCCAAGUGGAUGGGAUGUGGAGAAUGGAGAACCUCCUGAAGGUGGAGUCAAACCAGAGUUACUUAUAUCUUUAACAGCACCGAAGCUGUGUGCAAAUAAGUUUAAUGGGAAAUACCAUUAUUUAGGAGGACGGUUUGUUCCGCCGUCACUUGAGAGUAAAUAUAAUCUUUCGUUACCUAAGUAUCCAGGAACAGAAUGUUGCAUUUUAUUAAAUUCUAGCUUAUAGAUUAUUCAGAUUUAUGCUGCCAGAUAGGCGAUGAUGCAAUUGUUUAUGGGAAGACUACUUAUAGAAUUAUACCAUACUAUUUUAAUUAAAUAAACCACAUAUGUUACUAAUUAAA